AUGAAAGUUUUUGGUUGUUGGAAUUAUCCAGCACUUGUACUCAUCUUUGUUGUAGCGGCGCUGCCUUGUUUCCUUGCAUGGGAGACGACACCAGCAGCAAUAAAGCGGGCAGAAGCUCUUCUCAACUUUUCAACUGCUGCUGAUUCUUCACCAGGCUCACAAUCCAAUCAAACAAACUGUUGUAAUCGGAUAGGAUUCGUUUGCAAUGAUGGUGGAAGUGUUUCUGAGAUCAAUCUUCCUAAUUCUGACCUCAGUGGUACUCUUGAUGGUCAGUUCAAUUUUACUGCUUUUCCGAGCCUCACUCGUUUCAACAUCAGUGGAAACCAAAUCUCCGGGUCAAUCCCACCUACCAUUGGCGAUCUGUCCAACUUGGUUUUCUUGGACUUGAGCAGCAAUGAUUUUGAUGGGAUUAUACCGCCACAGAUUGGGAACUUGAGGGAACUUCAAUACCUCUCCCUUUCCAAGAUUGGGAACUUGAGGGAACUUCAAUACCUCUCCCUUUCCAACAACAAAUUUGCUAGGGAACUUCAAUACCUCUCCCUUUCCAACAACAAAUUUGCUGGUGUUAUUCCUCGUGAGAUUGGGAACUUGAGGGAACUUCAAUACCUCUCCCUUUCCAAGAUUGGGAACUUGAGGGAACUUCAAUACCUCUCCCUUUCCAACAACAAAUUUGCUAGGGAACUUCAAUACCUCUCCCUUUCCAACAACAAAUUUGCUGGUGUUAUUCCUCGUGAGAUUGGGAACUUGAGGGAACUUCAAUACCUCUCCCUUUACAACAACAACUUUGCUGGUGUUAUUCCUCAUCAGAUUGGGAAUCUUCAAAAGGUAUGGUUUUUGGACCUUGGACUAAAUGAUUUAGAGGUUCCUGACUGGUCUAAAUUUAAAACUUUUCCUAUGCUGAGGCAUCUUAGUUUGCAUUCGAAUGGAUUUAGAUCAGUGUUUCCUAGUUUCAUACUAAGCUGUCGGAACCUCACUUUUCUUGACUUGUCCCAAAACCAUUUCAAUGGAUCACCCCUGGAGUCAUUGAUUACCAAAUUGGAGAAGCUUGAGCAUCUUGAUCUUUCUUCCAAUGAAUUUUCAGGACCUUUACCACCUAACAUUGGCAGCUUGUCAAACCUCAAAAAUCUCGAAUUGUGGCGUAAUUCUUUUCAAGGAGAAAUCCCAUCUUCUAUAGGCCAACUUAAAAGUCUUCGAGUCUUCGAUAUUGUUGGGAACAAACUAAAUUCAAGCAUUCCUUUUGAGCUUGGUCGUUGCACUAACCUCACUCACUUGCUUUUAGCUCUUAAUUCACUCUCCGGAGUAUUGCCUUCAUCCCUCUCAUCUUUGACCAAGUUGACUAAGUUGCACUUGUCAUAUAAUUUUCUUUCCGGUAAUAUUUCAUCCAAUUUUAUCUCCAAUUGGACCAAGCUAACGUCCUUGGUACUUCAGAACAAUUCUUUUGGUGGGAGUAUUCCAUCUGAAAUUGGUUUGCUCACAAAUCUUGAAUACCUUAACUUGUACCAAAACAAGUUUUCAGGCCCCAUUCCACCUCAGAUAGGGAACUUGAAAAAUUUGAUUUUCUUAGAUCUAUCUGAAAAUAGUCUUUCAGGUCCAAUACCUCAAACAAUUGGAAAGCUCACAAACCUCAAAAAUCUAAUUAUUUCCACCAAUAAUCUCACGGGAAUGCUUCCGUCACAGAUAGGAAACAUGCAAAAGUUGAUUCGCUUAGAUGUUUCUGAAAAUAAUCUUUUAGGUCCAAUACCUCAUACAAUGGGAAAUCUCACAAGCCUCAAUUUUCUACAUUUGUCCACCAAUAACCUCACUGGAAUGCUUCCGCCUCAGAUAGGAAACUUGCAGAAUUUGUUUGAUCUACACUUGUCAAAAAAUAAUCUUUAUGGUCCAAUACCUCAAGCAAUUGGAAACCUCACAAGGCUCAAUUAUCUACAACUUUCCACCAAUACUCUCACUGGAAUGCUUCCACCCCAAAUAGGUUUCUUGAAGAAUUUGAUGUAUAUACACUUGUCAGAAAAUAACCUCUAUGGUCCAAUACCUCAAACAAUUGGAAACCUCACUCAACUUGAAGUCCUACUCCUUUCCACAAACAAUCUCACUGGAACACUCUUGGGUGAGAGUGUGAAUCUAAGACCAAUGCUUGUUCCUUCAACCUUUUGCAAUUUAAGUUCUCUGCAAGUUUUGGUUUUGUCUUACAAUUCAUUAACUGGGUUAAUACCUCAAUGCUUGGGAAACAUCAACAAAUACCUCUAUGUGUUGGAUUUGCACAAUAAUCAAUUUCAUGGGAUGAUCCCUACAAGUUUUGAGGUUGGUAAUUUCUUGAGUAGGCUUAAUUUGCAUGAUAACCAGUUAGAGGGAGCAAUACCGCAAUCCUUAAUCAAUUGUCAAGAGUUAGAGGUUCUUGAUCUUGGACACAAUAAUUUGGGUGGUACAUUUCCAAUGUCAUUAGGAACUCUUCCAAAUUUGAAGGUUCUUAGCUUAAGGUUUAACAAGUUGAACGGUUUCAUAAAAAGUACAAGGAUGGGAGAGUACUUUUUCCCUCAACUUUGUGUGUUUGACUUGUCUUACAAUGAAUUCACUGGGGAUUUGCCUGCAUGGUUUUUCAAGAAUUUUAAAGCCAUGAAAGAUGUUGUUGAAGAUAAAAUACCACGACAACAAAUGUACUUAAAGCAAAGAUAUUACUUCCAAGAUUCGUUAGUGGUAGGAAUGAAGGGGCAAGAGCGUGAAGUUGUUAAAAUACUAAUCACGUUUACUACUAUUGAUCUCUCAUGCAACAAAUUUAAAGGCUAUAUUCCAUAUAGCAUUGGAGAUCUUCUUGCUCUACGAGAAUUAAAUCUAUCACAUAACAUGUUCACAGGGCACAUCCCAACAUCUCUUGGAAGUUUAUCCAUGCUUGAAUCCUUAGACCUUUCUUCAAAUCAAAUUGGUGGAGUAAUCCCUGAACAACUGACAAGUAUUUCAUCUCUUGAAGUGUUGAAUCUCUCACAUAAUAAGCUUGUGGGAUGCAUACCUCAAGGCCCACAAUUCAAUACAUUUGAAGCGAAUUCGUUCGAAGGAAAUGAUGGAUUGAAAGGAAAACCUUUGUCACAAGGUUGUGAGAAUGGCAUGACACCGCAACUUCCUGCAACAAAGGAGCUCCACCAAGAAGAUGAUUCAAGUUUUUUGAGCGAAUGCACCGUAAAAGUUGUGGCAAUUGGGUAUGGUUGUGGUAUUAUUUUUGGAUUAUUCAUGGGAAGUCUCAUGCUCGUAAGUGGAAAGCCAAAAUUCAUUACAAGGUUUGUUGAAGAAGAAACAUACAAACUAACAAUGAAGGUCGAAAGAAGAAGAUUAAAGGCAAGAAGAAGAAGAAACUAGCUUUGCAUGUUAAUGCUCGCUUCUCUCCCGAUGACAAAUAUUCAAGAGUCAAGACAGAGAGAGCUGUUAAAGAAGUAUUUUGGUUUGUUGUCGAUCAGAAGUCACCUCCUAAGUACUGUAGAAAUGAUCUCUAGCUAGGUGUUGUCACAUGUUAAUUUGAGUUAUAUGGCUUUGGUAUGAUAUAUAUAUACCAAAUGUUUCUAUUCAGGCAUGAUGAACAAUGUCUAUAUGCUAAUGUCUUACAACUUUCUUUCUAAUAAAAUGGAUUUGUAAUGGCUAUGUUGAAA